AUUUGAAAAUAGUUAGUAUAGAAUUCUAUGAUCUAAGUGAAAAUAUGUCAAUUUGAAUUUUUGAAUUUGAGAUAACCUCACUUUUCAUCUUAUUUUCGUUUUCUGAUUCAAUAAAAAAAGAGGAUAUUUUCUUCUGAAUUUAAAGUCAAACGACAAUGGCUUUUCACGGUCCUGACUAUUCCAGUAGCGAAGAUGAAUUUGAUGAUCCUGAUUUCAAGGAGCUAAUGAGGCAACAAAAAUUAGAACGCCUUCAGCUUUAUAAUGGUAACUUAACAGAAAAACAACAAAAAGAGCAGAAUAUUAAAAAGAUUCAAAAUAAUGUGAUAAAUAGAAAUAAUGAUGAAGUACUCAGUGUCAUCAAUAUUGACAUAAAUUUGGAUGAACGAUUGGAAGAUGAAUGGACACUGAUAUUAUUAGCUGCUUCAGUUGCUAAUUUUGAUCUUGUGGUAGAAUUGCAUAAAAUGGGUGCUGAUAUAAACUUAAAAAAAGGUGGUGAUACAAUACUGAUGUGUGCUUGCAAUUGCCCUUUAAGUACAGCUUCAUUUGAAGAAUCAUCAGAAGUCAUUAAAUUCCUUAUUGACAUAGGCGUAGAUGUUACUUCCAAAAAUAGAAAAAGAAUGAAUGCACUUAUGUUUGCUGCAAGCAAUGGUAAUAUAAAUGCAGUUGAAUUGCUUCUUCCUUUAGUUGAUUUGACUGAAGAAGAUAAUCAAAAUUGGGAUGCUCUUUUUUGGGCAGUUUAUAGUGGAAAUGCCGCUCUAGUUGAAUUUCUUAUUGAUAAGGGUUUGACAUUUGAUCGGGUCGAUUUGAAAGGUAGCACGCCUUUGGAUAUAGCUAUAGAUAAUAACUUAAAAGAUGUUAUUGAAUUACUUAUGCCUGAAGAAAACAAGAGUGAAGAUCUUAUUAUAAUAAAUAACAAUUUUGAAGAUAUUUUCAGAGAUUUGAAAAAUGGAGCAAAACCUCUUUUUACUCAAGACAUUUGCAAUAUUUUGCAUGGCACUCGAUGUGAAAAUUUGAUGAAGCUAUUUGUGGACCAGGGUAUCAAUUUAUUAGAUUUUUUGACUUUGUCAGAAGAAGAAUUUGCAGCAAUGGGAGUUGAAAUGCCUUUUCAAAGAAGAAGACUCGUAGCUGGUAUCCACAAAUUUCACAAAAGACCUUUCCAUCCCUCAUCCGUUCCAGUAGUUGGUAAAGAUGAACCUUACAGUAAUGUAGAUGUAGCUGCUGCUGUUUUUUCAGCCAUAAAACAGGUUGUUUGCAUGGAAGCUGCUUUCAAAUAUUUGGUAAAAAACAAAGAUGAAUUGGAUGUAAUAAAUGAUAAAAAAGUAAUAGAGCAAACUGUUUGCAAUAUUGAAUCAAAAUUGAUAAGGUUGAGAAAGGUCGCUAUUAAGUUGCAGAAGAAGGCUGUUAAUUGGGAUGACCAAAUACAACCAGUUAAUAUUAUAACAGCAAAAAGUGGAAGAAGGUGGUUUCCUUGGAGAAAAGCAGUCAUUGUUUUUGGUAUUGUUAUUGUUGCGAGUGUUAAAUUGUGGAAACGGCCUAUUCCUUCUAUAAUCUAGCAAUUAGAAAAAAAUAUUGGAGUAUGCUAAGUAUUAUAUUUAGAGCAUUAUAUAAUUGUGAUUUUUUGAAAUUUAAAUGAUUUUGUUACUUUGGAAUACAAUAAAUAUGUAUAAUAAA